GAAUGUGGGAGUAAUUUAAUUAGCGCUUGUCAUCUAGCCAGACAAGGUUACAAUCACGUUCAAUCCCGAGAUGAUAAGUUUUUGUAUUUUUUCACUCAGAAAAUAGCUUUGCUGGAGAAGUGGCAUCAUAGAUUAGGCCACGUUCACAAGGCCAGACUUUUGGCAAUAUUUAGCAAUGGAUUAGUUGAAGGAAUUCCUCAAAUUCCUCAAAAGGAACUAAAAGAUCUUCCUUUCUUUUGCGCUACGUGUGAAAUCGCAAAUUCCAUGCGAAUG